AUGCAUAGCUUUCACUCGCGGCAGGAAGCUGCUGCUUCUGUUCCUCAGCCUGCUGAGACUGAGUUUCCUCAACCUGCCGAGGCUGAGUUUUCUCAGCUUGCUGAAACUGAUUUUCCUCAGAUUGCUGGUGCUGAGCUUCCUCAGCUUGCUGGUGCUGAUCCUCAGCUUCAUCGGCCCCAACAC